AUGUGCUGUGAGGCUGGGGUGACGGACCAGUCAGCUCCAGCUGUGGGCUGGGGCCAGGGCAGCCCAGCUGGGACCGGUGAGGAGGUGCAGAGCCUGGAUAAGGCCCUGGGGCACUCUGGAGGCGUGCCCUUGGUUCUCGGGGGUGACCGGGGCGGCGGCAGCCCAAGGUUUCCCUGGGACGCGGUGAGGCUCCCCAAGCACGUCAUCCCGCUGAGUUACCACCUGCUUAUCCAUCCUAACCUCACCACCCUGACCUUCUCUGGGACCGCCACCAUAGAGGUCACGGUCACCCGGCAGACCAGCGCGGUGGUCCUGCACAGCAAGCGCCUGCACAUCACCAGGGCUGCCAUUGCGGCUGGGAGUGCCCGCUCGGCGCAGAAGGCGCGGGUGCUGGAGCGCCAGGCCUUCGAGCAGGUGGCACUCCUCGCCGCCGAGCCGCUGCAGGCCGGGCAGUACUACACUCUCAGCAUCCAGUACUUUGCAAAUCUCUCCGAGUCCUUCCAUGGCUUUUAUAAAAGCACCUACAGGACCCAGGAAGGAGAACUCAGGGUGCUUGCAGCAACACAGUUUGAGCCGACAGCCGCGCGAAUGGCCUUCCCAUGUUUUGACGAACCAGCCUUCAAAGCCAGGUUUUCCAUUAUGAUUAGGAGGGAACCAAAGCACCUUGCGCUGUCCAAUAUGCCAAUUGUGAAGUCUGUGACUAUAACUCCCUGGCUUGUUGAGGACCAUUUUGAUACCACUGUCAAGAUGAGUACAUACCUCGUGGCCUUUAUCGUUUCGGAUUUUAAAUCCAUCAGCAAAAUAACCGGUCAUGGAGUUAAGAUCUCUGUGUACACAGUGCCAGACAAGAUCAACCAAGCUCAUUAUGCGUUGGAUGCGGCAGUGAAACUUCUAGACUUCUACGAGGAUUACUUCAGCAUUCCAUAUCCUUUACCUAAACAAGAUUUGGCAGCUAUUCCUGAUUUUCAGUCUGGUGCUAUGGAAAACUGGGGACUGACCACAUACCGGGAAUCUGCAUUGUUGUAUGACCCUGAGAAGUCCUCAGCAUCUUCUAAACUUCGGGUUACUAUGACAAUAGCCCAUGAGCUGGCUCAUCAGUGGUUUGGCAACCUCGUUACCAUGGAGUGGUGGGAUGAUCUGUGGUUAAAUGAAGGGUUUGCAAUGUUUAUGGAGUUCGUGUCAGUCAGCGUUACCCAUCCAGAACUGAGAGUUGAAGACUAUUUCUUAAGGAGAUGUUUUGAUGCCAUUGAAGUGGAUUCAUUAAAUUCAUCACAUCCUAUAUGUACUGCUGUGGAAGAUCCAGCUCAAAUUUUAGAAAUGUUUGAUAAUGUUUCUUAUGAGAAGGGAUCUUGUAUAUUAAAUAUGCUGAGGGACUACCUGACUGCUGAUGUGUUGAAAGCUGGACUUGUGCAGUACCUGCAGAAAUACAGCUAUCAGAAUACAAAAAAUGAAGAUUUGUGGAACAUUAUGACAAAUAUUUGCCCUACAGUAGGUAGUGAUAAAAAUGAACUACAAGGUGAUGGUUUUUGCAGAAGCCAACAGUCAUCUUCAAAUGCACACUGGACUAAAGGAGAGACCCUUGAUGUAAGGGCAAUGAUGGACACUUGGACACUGCAAAAAGGUUUUCCCCUGGUAACUGUCACGGUGAGAGGGAAGAAUGUCCACCUGCAGCAGGAGCGCUACAUGAAGGGAGUAAAUUCUCCUUCAUCCACAGGGUACUUGUGGCACAUUCCACUAACCUACAUUACCAGUAAAUCUGACACUGUUCAGAGAUUUUUGAUGACAACUAAAGCAGAUGUCAUUAUUCUUCCGGAAGAGGUGGAGUGGGUUAAAUUCAAUGUGGAUAUGAAUGGGUAUUACAUUGUGCACUAUGAAGAUGACGGAUGGGAUCGUCUGAUUAACCUUUUGAAAGAGAACCAUACAGUGAUUAGCAGCAAUGACAGAGCAAGUCUCAUCAACAAUGUAUUCCAGCUUGUGAGCAUAAAAAAAUUGUCAAUUUCCAAAGCUUUUGAUUUAACUUUGUACCUGAAACAUGAAAGACAAACCAUGCCUGUACUCCAAGGUAUGAAUGAGCUGAUUCCUAUAUACAGGCUCAUGGAGAGGAGGGAUAUGGAUGGUACAGCAAAACAGUUACAGGAGUAUAUAAUCAAUCUAUUUAAAGACCUGAUUGACAAGCAGUCUUGGAGUGAUGAAGGCUCAGCGUCUGAGAGAUUGCUUAGGCACUCGCUCCUGCUGUUUGCGUGUGUGCACAGGUACCAGCCGUGCGUGGACAAAGCCAAAGGAUAUUUUACAGAAUGGCAAAAAUCCAAUGGAACCUUGAGCUUGCCAGCAGAUGUGAAGACAGCAGUGUAUGCUGUUGGAGCACAAACAUCCGAAGGCUGGGAUUUCCUCCUCAGUAAAUACAGACUGCACUUGUUCAAUGUAGAGAGAGAGAACAUUGAAUUAGCUCUCAGCCUCAGCAGAAGUAAGGACAAACUUCAGUGGUUAAUGGAUCAAGGUCUGCGUGGUGACAUCGUAAGAACUCAGGAUCUUCCACAUAUUAUUGCAUUUGUUGCCAAAACCCCAUCUGGCUGUCAUCUAGCUUGGACGUUUUUAAAAGAAAAUUGGGAGAAAGUUGUAGAAAAAUUUGAAGUCGGUUCGAAUUCUGUAGCAAACAUUGUCACUGGAGUGACAAGUCGGUACUCGACAAGGUCACAGCUUGCACAGGUGAAGGAAUUCUUCAGUUCUCUGGAGGAAAAAAGCGCACAGCUUCGCUGUGUCCAGCAAGCUAUUGAAACCAUUGAAGACAAUAUACAAUGGAUGGAUAGAAAUUUUGAGAAAGUCAAAACAUGGUUGCAAAACAACCAGCUGUAAAUUAAGGCACCUUGCUUGUAUUUGUCAGAAAUAACUGCAAAGCUGUGAAAAUUCAGGGCUGGAGGGACAGCUCAAUUGUAUAAAUUAGUUUCUUUGGAAGGAGCUGUAAGGCAGUCUAAUGCUGCUGCUCAGUAUUUUUCUCUCUCAUGGUUGUGGUUUGCUGGGAACAGAACUACACCAUCCAUUGAUCUCUCUCACCAGGUAACACUUUUAAGGGAAAAGGAACGUUGUACAGUGAACUAAGGCGUAGGGGAGGCUGACUGCUAGAAACCUGAAACACAUUGCUUCUGGAAACUCAGAAGGUACUGGGAGACAAACAACCAAGAGAAACUUUCCACCUGCAAAUGCUGACCCUUCCAGUACCGUUCCUAGGAAGGUACAACUGGCAGCUCUGUUUAACACUGAAGUGCACUGAAGCUCUGGAGCAAAGCCCUCUUUGCACGUCUUUAUCUGUAGGGUUUAUGUUUCCCAGAGAAUAAUUUUUACACCCCAAGUAUCAACCGUAAUUAAAAUUGCAUCUGUCAAAGUCAAUAUGGUAAGGACUAUCUAGGCAAGCUUUACUGUAGUCUCUCAGGGCUGGAGGUAGCCGCAGUGGUGCGGAUGCUGCGCAGGGGUGAGGCCGAGCCCCUGCUGCACUUCGGUCCCCUUGAUGCCACCCUCUCCCAGGAGUUCUGCCUGACUCGCUUUUGUUGCUGAUGUAAAGACUUUGCCUGCACUGGACAUAAUCUUGCGCUUUUAGGUAACAUUCAGAAAAUUAGUACAUACAUUUUGUGUGUGGGGAAAAAAAAAGAAAUCAGUGAAUUUUAGUUGCGAUGAUUAACCAUCAGUUUAUUUUAGCAGGAAUUUUUGCUUUUAAUUAUCCCUUUUUCACCUAAUUGAAAUGCAGCUGUUGUUGCAUGUAGUCACUGACAUUUAAAAGGACAGUCAGUUGUUCACAAUGGUCUUUAUAUCUUAUCUGUAGGGUAACAGUAAGAAUUGUAAGCUAAUUGCUCUAAGGAGAGAAAUUAUUAGUAUGUGCUCAGAAGGGACAAUUACUUAAGAAAGCUAAGUUGAAAUCUUGGAAGUGGGGUUGGUUGUUUUUUUGGUGGAGGGUUUGUUUUGUUUUUUACCAGGCAGUCAUGACUGGCUGCCUCUGUUUACCCACAGAAAACUUUUAUUUUGGUACUGAACUUUAAAAAAAAAAUAAAAAUAAAAAUUCCAUUUAAGCAUGUGGUAAUUAGUUGCACUUGAUUUCUUUGUUCUUACAACCAUGCCCUUGACAUGACUCCAUAGUGUUUAUUUCCUCUGCAGUUCAGACCUGUCUCAGUUUCCUCACCAAUAUGCUGGAGCGUCCAGAAACUGUGACAAAGACUUAGGGGAAAAACGCAUAAUCUGGAACUAAUCAUAAGCUUUUGACUGUGCCUUGCUUGCUCUUCUCUCAACUAGAAAUUAUACCUGCCCAAGAAGUUGAAACCUACUUCAUUAGAGUUGGGAAGGGCUGUUGAGUUGCUAUUGAGGGUGAAAAACUCUGUCACAAUGUUUUAGAAAAUACCGGUUCCUUUCGCUUGCUGUAUCCUUUUAUAUACAAGGCAUCUUGUACCUCUUAACUCAUUAAGGGAAGCAGGAAUUCUGAGUAGGCUGUGCAUCAUGUGUACAACAUUUUCUGGUAUUUCAGGUAUUGUUGCCUGUUGCUUGCUUUAAAACGUUUUCAGAGCUGAAAAGGCAAUUUAACAAAAAA